AAUUUGUUAAUUGGACAUUAAUCCUUUUUUUGGGCUGGAACAUAAUUUGGCGACCGUGACAGGACUAUAUGUUCUAAAUUUAAUAUUUCGAUCAAAGAAAGCCAAUAGAUUAAUGUCUAAUUUUCAUUUAAAUUAAAAUUCGUUUCUAUACUGGGAAGAGCUGGCUCUGCGUUUGUUCAACCACACGAAAUUCGCCUGCACUAUAUCAUCGUCUGUAGCAGUGUACAGGCAACAUUCUGUGUAAGCGCAGAUACUAACUUUUGCCAUAUAUCAUCGUAGUAUCCACUGUAAACGUACAUACAGAUUACACGUGGUUUUCAACAUUCAUUCAAGACCUUCUUUUCAUCAACAUCUGUCGAAGUUACCGACAGUUAGUCAACUCGUCAAAAUCACAGUGCAAGUAUACGGGACUUUUGCAGAACAGUUUCAUCAGAUUGCAGAUCUGCUUUUGCUACAUCUACAUCAACAUCAUCAUAUUCUUCAUAGUUCAGGUACUCGUAUAUAUUUUAUUUUUGCCUUCAAUUGCCUAAUAACAGUAAAGCAGAUAUGCCUAACAUGGCUGAUGAGGAACAAUCACCUUUGUCCUCGCUAAUUCAAACAUGUUCAACGAUUCUUCGCAACCUACAUAGUAUAAAGCAACGAAUUGCUUGUGAAGAAGUCGAUUACAAAUUGUUGAGUCCUACUUUCAACAUCUUUGCGACGUUCAGAACAAUAUUGAAGCUCUUUCUCCGUCAGACGAAUCAAGAUCAGAAGUUGAAGAAACGUACAUUUCAACAAAAUCUAAAAUACUUUCGUUAAUCAACCCCAGAAACCGCGUUUCUGAGUUGAACACUAGCAUAUUCACCGCAACGGUAUUUGGAAAUACUAGUCAUCAUAAUCGAUUGCCGUUGCUCAAAUUGCCAAAAUUUGACGGCAAAUAUGCGGAAUAUAAACGCUUUUUCCGCACCUUUGCAACAUGGUGCACGAUGACCCAACAAUACCAAAGGUGGACAAAUUUAAUUAUAUUUUGAACUGUCUUUCAGGACCAGCCCUUAGCGUAAUCGAACCCUUUCAGGUAACCGAAGAAAAUUACCCGAAGGCUAUACAACGGCUCAAAGAACGAUACGACAAUAAAGUAUUGAUUUUUCAAGAUCACAUUAUAUCGCUUUUCAAUACUCCAGUUAUGAAAAGAUCUGACGCAGCAAGUCUACGUAAUAUCAUUGACAAUGUUACAGCGCUGCGAGGUUCGUUACUCUCGUUGGGCUCAGAAGGCGAUAUAAUGAAUUCAAUGCUAAUUCAUAUCGUCUUAACUAAAAUUGAUUCUGAUUCAAAAUCGGCAUACAAUCAGAAGCAAGAGUUUGACAACUUGUCAUCAUGGGACGAUUGCUACAAGUGGUUAAAUCGGCACUGUCAGUAUUUAGAAACAUCUUCAAACGGGGAAAACUCAAAGGUAACACAGCGAGAUUGUAAGCUACUCGUUAUCAGCUAAAAUGCGUUUUGAUUGGGUGAAGCAAACAAGUGCUUGCAUCAAUUGCCUACGCAAAGGACAUACAGUAUCUAAAUGCCCAUCGAAAUCUCGUUGCCGUAUAUGUCAUCAAUCGCACCACUCUCAUCUACAUUUCGCCACCGUUGGAGCUUACAAUUAUCCCUUUUGUACAAAAGUUAGAACCUAAAGAGAAAGACCAAAAACCUGUGCCGUUUACUUCGUCGAAUCCAUCGCAUCAUUCACCAACCAAUCCAUCAGUUUCCCUCAUCGCAUGCACACGCAAAAGAGCGAUAAUACCAACAGCCUUAAUUUACAUACAGGACAAAUUUGGAGUGAUGCAGCCAGCUCGUGCAUUAUUGGAUUCAUGUUGCGAAUUAAAUUUCGUCACCGAGGAAACAGCGAAGCGGUUGCAGCUUAAAAGGCUUUUCUCACAUCAGGAAAUCUCAGGAAGACGCGGAAUACCUCAACGCAUUUACUGAGACAACGCCACAAAUUUCGUCGGUGCUCAAGACAAAUUGAAGGAUCUUCAUCAACAGUUCUUCAAUAAAGCGGUUACUGAUGACAUCACUAAUUACAGCACCAACACUGGUUUCGAGUUUCGUUUUAUUCCGCCUCGGGAUCCGGAUUUUGAAAGUUUAUGGGAGGCGGCAGUAAAAUCGAUGAAAUCCAGUUUGAUAAAAAACAUAUCAAAUGCACACCUGACAUAUGAAGAACUGCAGACCAGAAGUAUGACACUCGGAUGACCGUGACCGUGAAUUAGGCUAUUCACCUCUGUGAGAGCACCGCUUAUGCAUAUGCACACAAAUUCUUACAUUCAUAAGCAUAUGUUACGAUUUUCUAUGAUUUGUACAUAAUUGCAUUUUUUAUGUUCUCACCUUUUGCUUUGUAAUUUGUAAGUAGGUACAUAUAUUCAUACACAUGUACACAUACAUAAUACAAUACAUAUUUUCAUACCUACGCCCGCAUAAGCAUAUACGCAUAUGCUUACAUAUGUACGUAGGUAAUGAGAAAACAAGCACAAGACGGGAUAAAAACCCGUGCUAGCACAAGAUUAAGCACAUUAUUAUUAGAGCAUUAGGAGUGUUAAGAGUGAAAACAAAAUUAAAUAAAAUCAAAUUUGUUAAUUGGACAUUAAUCAAUUUUUGGGCUGGAACAAUAACCUUAUAUAUGGUUCAUAAAUAGUUACUAUUGAUUGGUAAACUUUUAUAGUUUACAAUAAAAGUUAAAUUAACUUACUAAUAGUUAAUAUUCGCACAUUAGAUACAUGUACCCUAAUUAAACAAUAAUAUUUUAAAUUAAUUAAUUUAGUACUUAAUACUAGUAUGUAACUUACAUUGUAUAAUUUAAAAACUUAAAUGGUGAUAUUGAAAUCGAGGUUGAGAACUUUCCAUCGAAAUUUGCAAACAUCGAAAAUUAAUAAAAAACAAUUAAAAAUUA